AUGUGCCAGAGCGAACAAUCACAACAAACGCUUGAAAUAGAGAUCAAAGAAUCCUCAGAAAAAUUCACCAUCGAUAAGCCCCCAGCCAAAUGCAACGCAGAUGAAUUGCAAAUCGAACCAUCAAAGGCAACCAAGGAACUGAAAAUCGAUACCGAAGAUGUAAAGCUUGGGUUUCAGCGUAGACCCUCCCUUCAGGACGACUGCCCCAUCUUCCUUGACCUCGUCUUCCACCAUAACAUCCUCAAGCCAAAUGACAUCGACCGCUGCGGAUCCUUCGCCAUCCGUCGAUCCUCCCUCACCUUCGGCGACGUCCUCGGCCAAGGCUCCUGCGGGGAGGUCAGGAGCGCCCUCUACAACGGCAGGCAGGUCGCCGUCAAGACCCUGUGCUCGAAGCUCGACGCCCGGUCCGAGGAGGGCAAGGACCUGCUCAAGGAGAUCAGCAUGAUGAGCCACGCGUUCCGGCACAAGAACGUGGUGGACUUCUACGGCAUCUACGAGCACGACGGGCUGCCGUGGCUGUACUACGAGGCCAAGAAGAAGUCGCGACGGGACGGGCGCUGGCGGCCCAAGACGAGGAGGGCAGUGUCGUGGGUGGAGGACAUCCUGAGCGCGCUGGCGUACCUGCACGCGCAGAAGCCGCCGGUGAUCCACCGAGACAUCAAGCCGGCCAACAUGCUGCUGACGGGGGACGGGAGGACGGUGAAGAUCGGGGACUUCGGGCUCAGCCGCAUGUGUCCGCUGAGCCCGGGCAAGGCGCCGCUGACACCGGGAGGAGGCAGGGGGUCUGGCGGCUUCUUGUCGGACGAGUCGUUCAUGUCGACGGAGCUGACAGGCACAACGGGGACGUACCGGUACAUGGCGCCGGAGAUCUUCCGGGGAGAGGGUCAGUACACGGCGGCGGUGGACGUGUACUCUUUCUCGCUGGUGAUGUGGUACAUCUUCGCCGGGGAGCAUCCCUUCUGCAACAUCGACGGACACUCGGUGGCCAGCAUGGCGGCCAAGUACAACUUCCGUCCGGCAGUGCUGAGCGAGCGGAUGAUGCCGUGGGAGCUACAGGGGAUGAUGAGGCGAUCAUGGGCGGGGGAGGGGAAGGAGAGGCCGAGGGCGGCGGAGCUUCUGGAGGAGGUCGAGGCAUGGCGAGGGAAGGAGUGA